AGCAAGUGAGAGGCUCGGCGGCGGGCCAGUCUGUGGUGAGUCACAGUGCGGUGGGCUACGCGUCGCUCCGGAGAGGGUCGUUACUUCACUGUUCGUGUCAGGACGACACAGCGCCAGGGCGUGUGGCGGUGCUGGUGACCUGCUGAAGCUGGCGUCGUGUGUUGCGCGAUGAGGAAAUCAGUAUUGAGAGGCGCGGCAGCCCAGCUCGCGUCCUGAGAAAAGUUUGUUGGUCGCAACUUUAGUGAAGUGAGUCAGUCGCUUGGUGACGAGUGGGAAUUGGUAGUCGUGAGUGGUCUUGUGAGUCUCGCACCCUCUCGGCCUGGACGGAGGAGCUCAUCAGUCGAGGCCGCCGAUAUGGUGAACUAGGAGUGUCAGUGAGCCCCAUGAGGCCCGUCGCCGACACCAGCAUGGGCCGAGUGCUCGUGGGCGUUGCGGGAGGAGGCCGCCCCUUGCCCGUCCUGCUGGCCGCCCUGCUGGCCUUUUUCGUCGCUCCCUGUGCAGGGCAGUACCGCUCACCAGAAAUCACAGAGCACCCAGCCGAUCUCCUGGUGCCCAAGAACGAACCAGCGACCCUUAAUUGUCACGCCGUGGGCAGGCCGGAACCGCAGAUCACGUGGUACAAGGACGGUCAACAAUUUGAGAUCCACCAGGGGCGACACGUGCAGCUGGACAACGGGGGGCUCUUCUUCCUCAAGGUCCUGCACACCAAGAAGGACAAUGACGCUGGUGUGUACUGGUGCGUCGCCUUCAACAACGUCGGGAAGGCCACCAGCAGGAACGCCACGCUGGAGAUUGCCGUGUUGCGAGAGGACUUCAGGGUGCAACCAAAGGCGACGCGCGUGGCUGAGGGCGAGACUGCCUUACUAGAGUGCCAGCCGCCACGAGGAAACCCAGAGCCAGUGGUGUCAUGGGAGAAGGAUGACGUGCUCCUGGACCCAGCCACGCAGCACAGGUACCGCGUGGUGGACGGCGGCAGUCUGGUGAUCAGCGGCGUGCGGGUGUCAGACUCCGGCGAGUACGUGUGUCGUGCCAGGAACGUCUUCGGCCACAGGAAGACGUCGCCCGCCACCCUGACUGUGCUGGUGUCGCCUCAUUUGGUGUCUUCCUCGGGCACGGUGACUGGCGCUGCGGGAGCCACGGUGGAGCUGGUGUGCCGCGUGGGAGGAGAUCCGCCCCCAGAAGUGUUCUGGCGCCGUGUGGAUCCCCCGGGGGAGCUGCCCCUCGGGAGGAUGGCUAUGGAGGAGAGUAGCCAGGUGCUGAGGAUUCACCAUGUGGCGCCCGAGGACCAGGGCGUGUACUCCUGCCAGGCAGAGAACCCCGUGGGCUCUGUCGCUGCCAACAUCACCCUCAACGUACAUUCUCGCCCCUUCAUCACUGUCACGCCGCGGGAUGCUCGAGUCGGCAUCAACGGCACGGCCUCGUUUGAGUGUGUCACCUCUGGCUCGCCGCCGCCCACCACCUACUGGACGCACGAGGGCUCGGGCAACGUGGUGGGCACGGGACAGACGUGGGGCGGCGGCCGCUGGUCCGUGGACGCCAACAACACCCUCACGAUCCGUGGGGUGAAACGGGAUGAUCAAGGCUACUAUGUGUGCUCAGCCGUGGGCGUGGCUGGCUCCGCCCUCGUCCGCGCUCACCUAGAAGUGCAGGAUCUGUCUGACCUACCGCCGCCCAUCAUUGCCUUGGGUGCCUCCAACCAGACGCUGCCACUGGACACGGAGGGCGAGAUGCCGUGUGAGGCGCGGGGCACACCGGAGCCCUCUGUGGUGUGGGAGCGAGCCGGGAAGAUCAUCCGCCCUGACGAGCGCACCACCAUCACGCCACUGGGCACGCUCAGGAUCAAGAACUUGAAGAUGUCGGACACAGAUGUGUACACCUGCCUGGCGAAAUCUGAGGCUGGAGAGACAACGUGGACAGCCUCGCUGGUCGUGGCCAAACCCACCAACCCCAACGUGGCCUUCUUCAAGAUUCCUGAUGAAGGAACCCUGCCUGAAGCCCCCGGGCAAGUAACGGUGCUUGGUGUGAACACAACGGCGGUGUCGUUGGGCUGGCGACGGGGUCGUCCUGGGCUGUCUUCCCUCCUGGGUUACACCGUCCAAAUGUGGAGCCCAGACAUUCGUGGAGCCUGGACCAUCUCCUCUACCCAGCAAACAGCCACCACCAGCCACACACCCACUCCCGUCUCGCUCACCGUCACUGACCUCAGGCCAGAAACUCGGUACAUGUUUGUGGUUCGUGCUCGGAACUCCCACGGCGUGUCACGGCCCUCCCCCGUCACCCACACGGUGCAGACGCUGGCGCAAGGUGCCGGCGGGGCACCUCCUCUACAUGAUAUAAGGGCACGCCUGUCCCAGCCCGUCGUUCGCCUUGUCAGUGUAGAACCGGCCUCUGCAGCCUCACUGAGGCUUACCUGGCAGUUGCUGGUGGACGCAGAUCUCCUGGAAGGCGUGUACGUGCGUUACAGGCCCCUGGAGACGCAGCACGGUAGUCCAGCCGGCGGCCUCAGUGUGGAGACUGUUCCGCUACACGGCGAUGGACCACCCCCAACAUCCCAUGUAGUGGGGAACCUCAGGCCAGCCACCUGGUAUGAGCUCUUCGUGGUGCCCUUCUACCGCUCAGUAGAGGGCCAACCAACAGCUGCCGUUAGGGCCACCACCCUGGAGGCGGCCCCUGCAGUGCCGCCACUCGGCCUUCACUACUCAUACGUCAACGCCUCCACUGUCCGCAUCACCUGGGACCCCAUCCCCUCACACUUCUCUAACGGCCGCAUUACAGGCUACAACCUGCAGGUCGCAAACUCUCAAAAUCGCAGCCAAGUCUUGCUGAACACAACAGUGAACAGCACGUGGACAUUGGUGCCUGGACUGACAUCAGGCACUACUUACUUGGUGACACUGCGAGGCGUGACGGCUCGUGGCCCUGGACCCACCUCACCGCCCCUCAAUCUUACGUUGCCUCCUGGCGCUGUUUCCUCCAACCCAACAGACGUCAAGGAAUCGUCGCCCUUCGACAACAACACUUACCUUAUUGUGGGCAUCUCUGUGGCUGCCGGCGUGCUCUUCGCUGCCCUUGCAGCGACUGUCUUCUGUAUUUACAAGCGCCGCCAAGGCAGCAAGUGUCCUCAGUAUUAUAGCAAAGGAGGCGAGACCAGUGGGCCGUGGUCUGAGUAUCCUGGGUGCUGGGGAGAGACUGGUGUGGGUGUGGGCGUAACAGGCACCAUGUAUACGGAUGUGGGAAGUCACGGCAUGCCCAUCACCCAGCUGUACCAUCGCCCCACUGGACCAGCUUCCAGCAAAAGUGGGUACGAGGGGCGACAGCCAGAGGACGUGUAUGAGGAUCCAGAUGGCCUCAGGCUUGUGUCUUUUGGCACUCACCUUGAUCCUAGGUGUAUGUCCCCGGAGCCUUAUGCCACCACGCCACUCAUCCGAGACAUCUUCCGGGGCCCAGGAGGCACACGACUGCCGCCCAACAUCCCUGUGAGUCCUGGCCAGUCCUUGCCCACCAAGCCACCCUCAGAGGACUCUUGUGUGAAGACAACAUCAAGUGAACAGAGCGGUGGCCAGGGUAGCACUCGCUCACACAACUUCAACACACAGCCAGAGAAAGGAUCCCUGACCGGCCCCGUGCUUCAAUUCCCUCCUCCACCGCCGCCACCAGUCCAGGGCGGCGACCAGUCCAGCGACAACACCCUGGCCUCCACCGGCAGCCGUGGACAUUCACCCUCAACCAGGCUCCUGCUUCAGCAGCUGCCUUAUGGAGGAUCCUCCUCUGGGGGCUCCCACAGGUCUCACGGUAGUCCCCUGCUAGGCCCCCGACCCCCCAGAGCCAACCUGCGUGCCCCACCAUCACCUCUUGCCGGGUCAGGAAUUGGAGACUAUGAGGUGCGAAUGAUGAAUCAGCGAGGUCACGGGAGCGCUGAGGGCGAGGACAUGCGCUACCGGGCAGAGCGGUGCUCGGAGGACGGUCCGAUGGGCAACAACAUCCCAGAGGAGACCAGCGACGUGGAGUGGUAUGCCCAGCCGCUGCUGAACGGUCGCACUUCACCUCAGUCUUCAACCCUCGGCGAUGCCGAAUCGGAGGACGAAUCCCACUGUUCCUCCGGAGAGUCCUGCUGCUCAGCCGACCAUCCUCUCACCCACGCCCAGGACCUCAACUGGGCGGAUGCACUGCGGGCGGCUGGCGAGGGCAGGUGGGGUCGCGGCGGGUCCUUCUGUAGCACUGACGAGAGCACCUAUGCAGCCAACCAGUCCCUGCAUGCCCGACCGCCCCGGCCACCCUGCCCCAAGAAGCACCACAAGCCCCGCGCACAGUACAAUCAUCACGCCCACCUUGACUCCCAUGCGUCCGUGACCUCACCCCUGGUGUAGGUGACCGGCACGUCCCUAGACAGAGUUGUGAAUAGUUGUUGUUGACCUGAGGUGUGCUCCCUGACCUGUACAUAAGAUGUAUUUUAUUACAGUGAACGCUAGUCCAUGACUCAUCACCGCGCUUUGUGCUUCAAAUACGACUUUUUUGUUGUCGCUGCGGCAACAUACAGACAACUUAGUGGCCUUCUGUUCCUGUGCUCGUCCCGACGGUGACGCCCCUCGAAGACUUCCCUGCGGAAGACACUGGCAGCCACCCGCACAAGUCUUCAGCUCAGAGCUUUAUUGUUUCCUGCAAAACAAUUUAUCUUGGUGCGCGUGAAAGAGAGAGCAAGUCAGUGUAAAUACCAAGACCCUGUGUAUAAACAGUUCAUCGCCCAGCACCGUGCUCGAGGCUCACCACUGUUAUCCGCAUCACAAAAAAUAACAAAAAAAUGAUAAUGGAAUAAUUGUAACCAUGUAUCCCUGCCUCACGCCUUCAGUUACGUACGUUUUCGCAAACCGUUCUGGGCUGGAGUGGGAGCAGUAUAGUCAGUGUUCCACUCCAGUGUCAUGGUGCUUCGUGUUGCUUUCCUCGUGCGAGCCGCUGCCCGUCGCCCCCUCGCACUGCUGCGAGGGGCGCGAUGACUGUGUGGCGCCACCGAAACACUCGCCCAACUCUCUUUGUGUUUCAUGUGUCACCGAUUCUUAAUAAGGUGCUCUCAGUGUUCACCAUUUCGCCUUGUUGAGAGGAUCAGGAUGAACCAGGGCAGGGCGGAAAGGAAGGGUAGCUCGAGGCGCGUGACGCCAGAGACGUGUCGUCACACUGCGUCACUCCCAGGCUAGGGAGAGCUCCUGUCAUGAUCUUAAACAACGACCUGAAAAGGAGAAAGUCACUCCAUGGUUGUGUCCGGUAGGUGAGAUAACAGCUGGUGGCUCGCUGCCUGACCGUAAUGCUGAUGUCACCUUCUGGCGACGUAAGAUUGAGUACAUUGGUUGAAUGGCACGUAGAUGGAAAGCCGAAAGCCGGUGCUUCAGAUGUUAAUAACUUUAUUUUGCUCACUAUGAUAACAGAAUAAUAGUUAGAGCGACACGCCAGAGCUGAGGGCGCAGUGAGGCGCAGAGUGUGCCGCGCCGCGCCAGCCAGCCAACGCCCGGCGCCUCACUCUCCCUCGAGUUCUAUAUCAAGUAUACUGCUGCCCCAACCCCGCCCCGGCCCCCGCCCAGCCCUGCAGCUCCUUACAGCCGUGCACUCCCUAGCUCACCGCGGACCCUCUGUGCCAGCACGCCGGCGCGCAUCCCAUGACGCGUUGGGCAGCGUGGAGCCAGACUGCCCAGCGUCCUGCCCGAGGCUCCGCCGCGCCGGCCGUCACCACGCGUUCACUUUAAUCAUCUGAUAUUCAGACCUUCAUCUGUGAUACAAGAUUAGUCAAUGCCUCACGACGCGGGGAGACUCCAGCUCCCGGCCACACCCCGCCCCGCCCCAUGUGGCUCUGCUGUACACAGGCGGCGCCCCGGGCUCUCCUCGCCGCCACGAUCAGUUAGUUGACCCGCGUGCUUGUGUCCCGCGUCCCGCCGCCCCAGGUGAGCCACCCCUCCCCCGCCAGGUGCUGCCGCUGCCGCCCCGCCGCCGCUGACGCUCUGAAAAGCUGUAUCGGCGUUUGUGUAUUUGAAUGUAAAUUGCUGUUUUUAAUCGUUUCCGCAUAUUUAUUAUUGUAUGAACUUUAAAUUUCUGUAUAAACUGUCCGCACGCCGGCGGCCGGGAGCAUCACGUGCAACAAGGCUUCGCCAGACCGUCUAUUUUUGCAGGUUAAGUCGACGCUGGACGCGUCGGCCGCCGGUCCCGCGGCUCGGUGCUGCCGCCGCGAGUCGCCUGUACAAAGGUAUUUUUAGUCAGUUUGUAUAGAAUAAUUGAGAGUUUUAUAAAUAAAAACUUAAAUUGC